AUGGAUGUGAUGAGUACUUCUGGUCUGCCCCCAAUAGAUAAUGCAGGCGAAACCACAGAGACAAACACAUCAAAGGCGAAUGAGGCGAUAGAACGUCUCAACAUUGUUUUGCAUAAGAAGAAGGAGUCUCUAAAGGAGUCUCCUGUAACCGAAAAUAAUCUCAUGGAUCAACUCAUUGCUCACACAACUACAGUCAAGUUCACUCAAGACAAAUUUGCUCAAGCCAAUAAAGAUAUCAUCGAACUUAAAUCUAAGCGUGAUGUGGUCAAGACUUGUGUUGGGGAUAUGAAUGCUUUACUCUCCAAAAUUCUUGAUUCACAUGAUCCAAUCCUCACUAUCUCAAUUCAUAGACAUCUUGCUGAUCGAUUUCGUCCUACUAUUUCUAUGCUUAGUAGGAUUGAGGGUGUUGCGAAGAUUGCUUUAAUUCCGAAACAAGGGGGAGAAGAAUUCACAAGAUUCGCAGUUGGAUCUUCUAAUCAACCAAAGGCUUUUAAAUUUCGCUCCUUUGUGAAUGUUGCAAAUGUCCCAUUCACUGAUAGCAAUGCUAACCAACUCCUCUUCUCGUUCUAUUUCAAACACAUGAAGCUACGGUUUGAAACAUUGAGUGUAUGCAAGAUAACUGUAGUAAAGGUCACAGGUCUGAUUGAAACUGACUUCUUUCCAAAUCUUUACAAUAUGCUGAUGAGAGACAGACAAAAGUAUGAGCCUAUUAUUGCCCAUCUCAAACACACGAUUGCUUACAUUCAAGAGAUUGUGAAUAUGGUUGUGGAGAUAGCUUCUAUGUUGCGAAGGAAGCCUUCUGUUCUCUCGAAAGAAUCCCCUGAAGGGUUUGAGAAGUUGAAGCUAGGAAAGAUUUACAAAGACUGA